CCAGCUGCACAACGAUACACACUCAACUUUUACAAAUUCGAGAUUAGGACUAGGUUGUUUGUUCUCUUUGCGCUGUCCCACAAGCAAUUAAGCACAGAGCACAAAGCUGUGUGGUGGUAAAGUCCAACUUGGCCUAGCGAAGUUUCAAGUUGCUGUUGUUUGCAGGAGAAAAAUGUGGUUCGUGUACGUGUGCGACGAGGAAGAGAAGGAACUUGGAAGGCAACAAGCCCCUGGGUCGUGUCCCUACUGUGGAGCCAAAGUUGAAGCCAUGGAUGUUGAGAUCCAGUCCAGGCUUUGCUUCUUGCCCCUCUGCUUCAAGAUCAAGAGAAAGUACUUUUGUACCCACUGCGCUAGGCGUUUAGAGUUGUAUAUGGAUUACUGAAACCCACCCCAAAUCCUCAAAUCUCCAAUUCCUAUGCUUAAUUACAACAGGGACUUUCUGUUAAUCAAAUCCAUAGGUCCCAGUUCAGCACUUUUGAGAUGGCGUUUUGUCUGAAGCUUCAAUUAUGGUUCAGUUUGAAAUCAAAGCUUUUUCAGUUGCUGAUUCGGAGAGACUUUAUUGAUCUGUAUCCAAAAUGUUGAAGGCUUUGAAUCGCAUAGAGCCUCCCCUGGUUUUUCACUUCUUUUCAUUUUCUUAUUUUACGGUUUUUGUCGUUUUUUUAAUUUAUUUUUUGAUUAACCAAUCCUUGUGAAAGUGACUCUGUCACGGAGUCUCCUGCAUAAGUUGUUCAUCAGGAGGUUUGAUUUUUAUUUUUAAUUUUGAGGAAAAUAUAGUUUUAUCAUUAAAAAAAUGUAUUAUGUGGGGGUGAUUGUACCACAAGUCCACAACCACAUCCAUUUUCUGAAACUGACUAUUCUGAUUCUGGAGACAGCCUUUUGGAUAACAGAUAGGAGUUUGGACUUAUAUAAUAAUGAAGCACAAAAAUGCCACGACCAUUUAUUUUUUAAAUUUUGCUUUUGUAGAAUGAUAUGUAAUAUAUGAUGUAUCUAUUCUGCUUAGCUAUUCUUA